GUUUGUUGUCAAUCCUGUGUCAGCUAGCGAAUGCAAUUUUGUUAUUAAUUUUAAGUAUACCAAACGCUUUUAUUUAACGAAAAAGAAACAUAACGAUGUCGGACAGUUUAGCUCCCAUAGUAGCACAGCACUACAAUCAGAUUCAAGAACGAGGACUUGAAGAGAGAAAGCAGAGUCGAAUAUUUCAUAUGCGAAAUUUUAAUAACUGGGUCAAAAGUAUGCUUAUUAAAGAUUUUACUGAUAAGCUCAAGGGAGAAAAAAAUUCAGAUUUCAAAUGUGUGCUUGAUAUUGGCUCUGGUAAAGGUGGUGAUCUUCUCAAAUGGAAAAAAGGGGGAAUAGAUUAUCUUGUGUGUGCAGAUAUUGCUGGAACAUCUGUUGAACAAUGUCAGCAAAGGUAUAUCGAUAUGAAAAGCAGGCAUAAAAGACAACGAGAAAGAGGACAUUGUUUUGAUGCUGAAUUCAUAACAGCUGACUGCACCAGGGCUCGCCUGAAAGAGAUGUAUAAAAAAGCAGAAGUUCAGUUUGACAUAGUGAGCUGUCAAUUUGCUUUCCAUUAUUGUUUUGAAAGUUUGCCACAAGCUCGUAAAAUGCUGCAGAAUGUCAGUGAAUGCUUAAAACCUGGUGGCUAUUUCAUUGGAACUCUCCCAGAUGCUUAUGAUAUCAUGAGAAGGUUACAAGAGGCUUCUGAUUGCACCUUUGGAAAUGAUGUGUACUCUGUUACUUUCCCAUCAAAAGAAGUACCUCCUUUGUUUGGUGCAAAAUAUGACUUUCACCUUGAAGGUGUGGUUGACUGUCCUGAGUUUUUAGUUUACUUUCCUUUAUUCCAAAAGUUAGCUGAAGAAUGUGAACUAGACCUUUUGUUUUGCAAAAGAUUUGAAGACUACUUUGAAGAUAGGAAGGACACUUCUGAAGGAAAAUUUCUCUUGACUAGAAUGCAAGUUUUUGAGACUUACCCACCAGUUUCAAAAACUUCCUUAAUGGGCUGUGAUGAUGAAUAUUAUCAUGCAAAACAGAAAAUAAAGUUGUUAUCUGCUGAAAAAGAUGUUGCAAAUGAAGAAAUCCGUGUUGGAACACUCUCACAGUCAGAAUGGGAAGUGUUUAGCAUGUAUGUUGUGUUUGCAUUUGUGAAGAAAAAAUCAAGAUGACUUAUUGUUUGACCUAUUGUUUUAUGUUUUAUUCUCCAACAAGGUGUUGAUAAUGAAAUGACUGUUUGUUAUUUUUUACACUGCAUUAAAA